AUGCCGGAGACCUCCAGCCUGACGCCCGAGGAUCGGGAGCGGAUCGCGAGCCUCUUCAAAGAACUUGACGUCGACAAGGAUGGUCGAGUCAGCGUGGCGGAACUUGCCUCCAAGAUCAAAGGCUCGGAGCAGGCUUCUACUGCGGCGAAAAUAAUCAGUCACGGGGACAGCUCCAAUUCAAAAUCGACAAUGACAUUCAAUGAAUUCGUAAAUUAUGUCACGGAUACGGAAACCCAACUGAAGCUUGCUUUCCGACAAAUGGACAAAAACCAGGACAAUGUUGUCGAUGCACAGGAAAUUCGGGCAGCCAUGCGUGACCUAGGCGUCGAAGUCGGCGAAGAGGAAGCUGCGAAACUGCUAAGAAAGGUGGAUAAGGAUGGGUCUUUGAGCAUCGACUUUUCUGAGUGGCGAGACUUCCUUUUGCUCUCCGGCAAAACUCAACUCACCGACAUUUUUCGGUAUUGGAGGCGGGCUUCUGCUGUGGAUAUUGGUGAACUCGUCCAAGUACCAGAUGAUUACACCGAGGAGGAAAAGAAGUCUGGAGAAGCCUGGAAAACCCUGUUGGCAGGUGGUCUUGCUAAGGAAUUGUCUUCGAAGCCUACAAUGAGCAGUGCGGUGGACCUUGUCUCCAGGCCUCCAAUCGAGAGUGCUUUAGCCCUGAAAACUGAAAAUACCGCUGCCUGUCUGUCAGCCCUGACGCAGAACUUGAAGUUUCUGUCAAGCUCGGAGGAAGCUCACACGACAGCCUCGAGAUGCGUUUCUCGAACGUCAACGGCGCCGCUGGACCGCAUCAAGACGAUCUAUCAGGCACGCGGAGGUCGAGCGGCCUCAACCGGCCUCAUCGGUUCAUUCAAGCACAUGCUGAAGGAGGGCGGAGUGAUUUCCAUGUGGCGUGGAAACGGAGUCAAUUGCAUCAAAAUAGCGCCAGAGCAGGCCUUCCGCUUCCAGGCCUACGAGACCUACAAGAGAGUUCUCUUCAAGAAGGACGGUUCGAGCCAGCCCCUGGCACUACACGAGAAAUUCACCGCCGGAGCGCUCGCUGGGGCGACCUCGCAGACCCUUGUGUACCCCAUGGAGGUCUUGAAAACACGCAUGUGCCUACGCAAGACAGGCCAGUACUCGUCCACGUUCGACUGCGCGCGCAAACUGUACUCCGAGCACGGAGUGUGGGUGUUCUACAGGGGGUACAUCCCCAACCUGGUUGGGAUCCUGCCGUACGCGGGCAUCGACCUUGCCCUCUACGAGACCUUCAAGAACCUCUACGUGAAGGCGUUGGAUCGGCGGAACGCUGACAAGGAGAAGGUCACCUCCCCGCCAGUCUACGUCUCGCUAACCGCCGGCGCCUCUUCGUCUGUCUGUGGCCAAAUCGCAACCUACCCACUGGCGCUUAUUAAAACAAAACUCCAGGCGGAGAGAAAGGUUCGAAAAUGUGAAUUCUUGUCUGCUUCUAGUUUGAGUUCACGCAAGAGUCGUAAAAUGGGCGGCCCUGGGUUCCAGAUUUCGCUGAAGAAGCUGGUCCAACGCAUUAUCAAGCAUGAGGGCAUCGUUGGUCUCUACCGUGGCAUGGGCGCCAACAUGCUCAAGGUGAUUCCUGCUGUCAGCAUAUCCUACGCUUGCUACGAGAAGGCCAGAGCCGUCCUGGACACGUUUGCUGACUCUGUCUGCCGAAAUAGUACCCACAAUCUUGACUCAGUAACUGAUGUCCAGGAUGACGUCCCAGAACCUUAUACUGCGACUGAAGUUUCCAAAUCAACCCUCCAAACAAUAGUAGAAAAAAAUGCUAUCGAUAAUAAUUCUAUUGGGAUUGAGCCCCUUCAACAUCGUGAAGAGGAUGACCUGGUCAUGGAGACGUGUGAGGACGACGAACAAACUGCAUGUCCACUUUCACAGUUCACUUCAGGUCGCGACGCAAAUUUGGGUCCACCCACGCUUGUCGACAAAUAUGGCACAUUGGUGUUGCCAUGUCGCUUGGGAGAAGAGAUUGAAGGGGAGGUCGACAAUUUCGAUGGCUACCUCAGAGACUACGAUGACUGCAAACUAAAAGACAUCCCACAAGAUGACAUUCCAAAUAUUUAUGGUUCGGAUGGCCAGGAUUUGCCAGACGGUGCUUAUGGAGAGCCCAUCCUCUCCAUAAGAGUGCCACAGAAGAAAGCAAAAAGACGAAAAAGAUUGGACAUUAAUUUGAUCAACUGUCGCUAUGAUUCAGUUAGACGCGUUUCCCAGAAGUUCGGAUUCCGAGAAGUUGGUGACGAUGAGGACUACAAUCUCUACUGGACUGACCUCUCGGUCACAAUUGAACGGGUAGUCUCAAUGAAAAAGUGGCAGAAAAUCAACCACUUUCCCGGAAUGUCCGAAAUUUGCCGAAAAGACGCCCUUGCCCGCAACAUGAACCGCAUGUUAAAGCUGUUUCCCAAAGAGUACAACAUAUUUCCCAAAACGUGGAUACUUCCAGCUGACUGGGGCGACUUGCAGCAGUACGCCCGCCAGAAGAAAAAUAGGACGUACAUAUUGAAGCCAGACACUGGGUGCCAAGGCAAGGGCAUUUGGAUUACCAAAACACCUCGAGAAAUCAAGGCAACUGAAAACGUCAUCUGCCAGACGUACAUCAGUCGACCCUUUUUAAUAGACGGCUUCAAGUUCGACCUUCGACUCUACGUGCUGGUCACGUCAAUAGUGCCGCUGCGAAUCUUCGUCUUCAAGGACGGUCUGGCGCGUUUCACCACCCAACCCUAUCGGGAGCCAACAGCUGCCAACGUGAGCAAUGUCUUCAUGCACCUCACCAACUACGCCAUCCAGAAGCACUCGGACAAGUACGUCCGCGAGGAUGAGGAAGCCGGCACGAAGAGACGCAUCACCACAGUCAACUGUUGGCUCAUCGAACACGGCUACGACGUCGACAUGAUAUGGCACGAUAUCGACGAUGUGAUCAUAAAGGUUCUCAUGUCAGGGCUACCCGUGUUGAGACACAACUACAAAACCUGCUUUCCCAAUCACGUGGAGACCUCUGCCUGCUUUGAAAUACUCGGUUUCGACAUCAUGCUGGACCGCAGAAUGAGGCCGUACGUCAUUGAGGUGAAUCAUUCACCGAGCUUCCAUACUGACUCACAGCUGGACAAAGAAAUCAAAGAAGCCCUCAUCUGGGACACCCUGAAGCUGGCCAACUUCGACGCUGUUGAUCGGCGGAAGUGCAUUGAAGAGGACAAGCGGCGAAUCCGUCAGCGCCUUCUCAGACGCACGCCUGGAAAGUGCACUAGAGAGGACAUGAACGCGGAGAUGGAAAAGUGGGCUGCCAAAGCCAUGCAAUACGAGGACGACCACUUGGGCAACUUCCGUCGAAUCUACCCCUGCAAGGACCAGGACAAGUACGAAGAGUUCAUCAAUUCCACUGCCACGCUAUUUACAGAAACUGCCUCAUUCAAAGCGCGCUUCCAGCACUCCAAGCAGUUGCGAGAGGAGAUCCGUGAACGCAAGGACAAGUUGGAGACUCUGUACAAACCACGCACCAGUCGCCUUCGCCCUGAAAGCCCUGGUCGGCCUCCACUGGCCUCCACCGUGAAACGGCGUCCGUCGAAAUGUGGAUCUGCCACCACCGUCGUGGCCCAGACCACUCCCACUGCCGCCAAACCGAGCAGCGAGGACGCCAAGCCCGCGACCGAAUCAGACCAGGGCAACAAGGAACCGGUGUACAAUUCAUUCGAGACUAUACCUAUCGACGAGUCGGAGGAGAACGAGCGGUGUAUGGGGAUGGAGAAGCGCGCGGUACUCCUGCGAAGCCUCGGCAUAGUGGACGCUGUUUACAGACUCCUGAGUGGAACCCCGGGCGUUGAACCGAUCAGCACGCUGCCUAAAAGAAGCAACGGCGACCACGAAAAGACCAAACCACAUUCCCUCGCCAAACCAGUCGACCUCGUUCUUCCUGAGUGUCAGAAUGCUUCGUCAAACAAUGAUAUCGUGUUGCUUAUCGAGACUUCUCCUUUAUGUGCAGACAUGCGAAUGAAUUUCCAGUCGGCGAACGAACUUCGGAGAAACGGACUACUGCACAAGAUGAAUCAAUCAAACAAUUCACGCUCAAGCGCCCCAGCCAAGCCAGCCAGGCACACAAUGCCCGUGGCGAUCACCGAGUUCGUGAUGCCCGGCAAUCUGCCUGGUCUGGGAAUGAACUACGCACACCCCAGACCAAACUACGAGCCCACAAUGGACCCCCGGGCUAAGGGGCCUCCCGCUGGGUCGUGCUCCCUCCCGCCCGGGAUGCCCCUCGCCUCGUUGGGCGUCAACAUCCGCGAGGCCCAGCUGAACACGUCCGCGGUGCGGGGACAGAGUGUUCCACGGCGAAGGACGGUGCAAACCAACGCAACCCGCUCGCUGUCCUACGCAGCCGGGUGGCACAGGGGUCAGGAGAACGGCAUCGCGCCUAUCUUGGGCUGUGGGUUCGGUCAGCAUCGACAGGCCCUCCUCUCCAUCAACGACCGGUGCGCCCAGGUGCGUGGAGGCAGUCCGUGUCGCAAGAGCUUUGAAAUUUCUAACAUUCCACCUCCCGGAAAUCGAACCUUGGUGGAUAAGUCCGGCCGAUCUGUUUCCUUAAAGACCGCCACACUGUACUCGAGACUGAUUGACGGCACCAGCAGGUUCAACGACAGCACAAGAACCCGCCGUUCUUCGCCCCCACGAGCUCUGCAAGAUGCCAUCAGCGUCAAACAGUUGCGCGUCAAUCCCGGUGGCAGCGCACUGCACAGUCGCGGUGCGACGCUGCCACACAACUUCCAACUGCAGUUCCUAAAGUGA